AUGAAUGCCACUUCUUCCCUCUACAUUGAACAGAUGUAUGAUUCGUGGAAGAAGGAUUCCAAGUCAGUACAUGCAUCCUGGGAUGCGUACUUCAGAAACGUUGAAGCUGGUGCUGCUCCGGGUCAAGCCUACCAAGCUCCACCAACUUCGUUUGCCGCUGCAGGUGUUCCUGGGGUAUCGUCUCCGAUAGCGAGCGUCCCGUUCGCUGGUGCUACAGCUAUGCCGCAACACUUGUCCGGAAUGGCAGCUAUGCUCUCUCCUGGAUUAGAUGCUUCAACGUCAAUACAAUCCAUUUCGGAGCACCUUAAAAUUCAACUUCUCAUUAGAAGUUAUCAGACACGUGGACAUAACAUUGCCGAUUUGGAUCCACUCGGGAUAAACAGUGUAGAUCUCGAUGACACUAUUCCACCAGAGCUCGAACUCUCAUUUUACGGGUUUGGAGAACGUGACUUGGACAGGGAGUUCCUUUUACCACCAACUACAUUUAUCGGUGGUGACAAAAUAUCUCUAACACUUAAAGAGAUCAUUCAUAGGUUGAAGCAUAUUUAUUGCAAAACCACUGGAAUUGAAUAUAUGCAUCUGACAAAUCUCGAGCAGCAGGAGUGGAUACGGCAACAUUUUGAAGCGCCCCGUGUUACCGAAUUGUCGCAUGAUCAAAAAAAGGUACUGUUCAAGCGAUUGAUUCGUUCUACGAAGUUUGAAGAAUUCCUCGCUAAGAAGUGGCCUAGACGUCUUAACGUGCUUGCUAAUGUCUGCCGGCAGCCGCUUUCUACUAUUCUUUCUCAGUUCUCUACUCUUGAACCUGCUGAUGAAGGUUCCGGAGAUGUAAAGUACCAUCUGGGUGUGUGUAUUGAACGUUUAAAUCGUCAAUCUCAACGUAAAGUGAAAAUCGCUGUGGUGGCUAAUCCCUCUCAUCUGGAGGCUGUGGAUCCCGUGGUGAUGGGGAAGGUGCGCGCUGAAUCGUUCUAUGCUGGCGACAAGAAGUGUGAUCGUACAAUGGCAAUUCUGAUGCACGGAGACGCUGCGUUCUCAGGGCAGGGGGUGGUGAUGGAAACGUUCAAUUUAGACGAUUUACCAAGCUAUACAACCCAUGGAUGCAUACACAUAGUUGUUAACAAUCAAAUCGGAUUCACAACAGACCCAAGGAGCUCACGUUCCUCUCCAUAUUGCACUGAUGUGGGUCGCGUUGUCGGUUGCCCGAUAUUUCACGUCAAUGUGGACGACCCUGAGGCUGUGAUGCACGUCUGUAGCGUUGCUUCCGAGUGGCGAAAAACUUUCAAAAAGGAUGUCAUUAUUGAUUUGGUGUGCUACAGAAGACAUGGUCACAAUGAACUGGAUGAGCCAAUGUUCACCCAACCACUUAUGUACCAAAAGAUUAAGCAGAUGCCGACGGCUUUGGAAAAAUACCAAGAGCACAUUAUCACUGAGGGUGUUGUGAAUGAGCAGUAUGUAAAGGAUGAGCUCACAAAGUACGGUCAGAUUCUCGAGGAUGCCUAUGAGAACGCUCAGAAGGUUACUUUUGUACGUAACCGUGACUGGCUGGACUCCCCCUGGGACGACUUCUUCAAGCGCCGUGAUCCUCUGAAGCUUGUUACUACUGGAAUCGACCAGUCCAACAUCACUCAUAUCAUCGAAAAGUUUAGUUCGAUCCCCGAAGGAUUUCACCUGCAUCGUGGUCUUGAGAGGAUCCUCAAAGGGCGAAUGCAAAUGCUAAAAGAAAAUUCGACAUAUAAUCCCUUAAAUGAUCUCCAAGAAGGACAAGCCGAAUAUACUGUAUGUAACUCAUCAUUGUCGGAAUAUGCCGUUCUUGGAUUUGAGCUUGGGUAUUCCAUGGUCGAUCCAAACUCAUUGGUCAUUUGGGAGGCUCAGUUCGGUGAUUUCGCCAACACUGCUCAGUGCGUGAUCGACCAAUUUGUUUCUUCCGGUCAGUCGAAAUGGAUUCGUCAGUCUGGUUUGGUGAUGUUGUUGCCUCAUGGUUACGAAGGAAUGGGACCAGAACACUCUUCUGCUCGUCCUGAAAGAUUUCUUCAAAUGUGCAACGAAGACGAUGAAAUCGAUCUUGAUAAAGUGGCAUUCGGAGGUACAUUCGAAGCCCAGCAGCUACACGACACAAAUUGGAUUGUUGCCAACUGUACUACUCCAGCAAAUAUAUUUCAUCUUCUUCGAAGACAGGUCACACUCCCAUUCCGUAAACCUGUCAUUGUUAUGUCUCCAAAGUCAUUGCUUCGUCAUCCACUAGCUCGUUCACCUAUCGAGGAUUUCCUCACAGGCACGCAUUUUCGACGCGUUAUACCUGAAGAUGGCACACCUUCUCACAAUACAAGCGCUGUGCAGAGAGUCAUUUUUUGUACGGGGAAGGUCUAUUACGAUUUAAUCAAUGCUAGGAAACAUGUUGGAAAAGAUGAUGUGGUUGCGAUUUGUCGUAUAGAACAGAUCGCUCCAUUUCCUUACGAUCUAAUUGAAGCUGAAUGUCAGAAAUAUCCUAGUGCAGAACUCAUUUGGUCACAGGAGGAGCACAAGAACAUGGGUGCGUGGGGUUUCGUGCAACCACGCUUCAAUAGUCUCCUUCAAUCCGCUGACCGUGUAAUACGGUAUACUGGACGUCAUCCAUCUGCUUCUCCAGCGACUGGGAAUAAGUUCACUCAUCUCCAAGAACAAAAAGACAUGAUGAGUAGAACAUUCGAUGUUCCAAAAUCACUGUUGGAAGGAUUCAAGGCGUAG